AAACAAUUCAAAUUUUUGAAAGUGGGAUGAGACUGAGACCAGCUCAGAUUUGUAACCAACUAAGGAUAACCCUUUUCCCCCCUGUAACUCCAGUCAAAUCCAACCCCAAUUAUUCCACAGAUCCCAGAUCUAUAUAACACUGUACCAACCAUUUUCUGAUUAACCAUCAACCAUCAGCAAAGAGCGGCAGCAGCAGCAGCACUUCCUCUCACUUUCACUUGUGGAACCCAUCAACCAUCAAGGCAUCAGCCAUCAGCCAUCAGCAGAAGAUUCUCAAAAUUUUCCUCUCCCACUUGAACAAUUAGCAGAUCAGUUAAAAACCCAUUAUUUUUUGGAAGCAAAGAAGGAAACCCAUGAUUUAGAAUCCGAAAAGCAACUCGGAAAUUGUAUUGUAAUUCAAUGGCAUUCUUGGUGGAGGAUGUUGUUGUUGUGCAGCUGAAAAUGUUUCUUGGUCUGUGAAUGCAGCAGAAGCGAAGAGGAAGAAAGGAGAGUGAAAAUGUUGUGUAAAAAGAGUGUGUGCAGAAGUGCCAUUGAGGAGGAGGAGGAGGACAGUGGAUCGGUGCCUGUGUACCUCAAUGUAUACGAUCUCUCACCUUUUAAUGGCUACGCUUAUUGGCUUGGCCUUGGAGUUUACCAUUCUGGUGUACAAGUGCAUGGUGUGGAGUAUGCAUUUGGAGCUCACGAGUAUCCAACAUCUGGAAUUUUUGAAGGAGAACCGAAAAAGUGUGAUGGGUUUACAUUUAGGAAAUCGAUUCUGGUCGGGAAGACGAUUGUUGGGCCUUUAGAAGUGAGGGCAGUGUGGGAAGGUCUUGCAGCGAAAUACAAAGGAAAUGCCUACAAUUUGGUCACCAAGAACUGCAACCAUUUCUGCAAUGAUGCAUGUAUCACAUUGACUGGAAAUCCAAUUCCAAGUUGGGUUAAUCGGCUUGCUAGAAUCGGCUUCCUCUGCAAUUGUGUUCUUCCAGUGACUUUAAAAAAUUUGGCCAAAGUUCAUAGAAUCGAAGAUAAGGCCGAUGACGGAGAUAAGAACAAGUUAACAAGCCAGUCAAACAAUGUGGCAAUAUCUUCUAAUUCUCCUUCAUCUUCACCAUCCUCUCCUUCUGGCACUACAUUGCGCAGGGGUAGAAGCAGAACAAGACGCCCACGUCCUCCCUCUUCGCCUUUGAUUAUUGCUUCUUCAUCCUCUUGAUGGUUGAAAUUUGCAGCAGAGUUUAUUUAUUUUCUAGAAAAUUGCUUAAAGAUAAGAGGCAAAGUCAAGUUCUUGUUUCUGUUAUCUUUUGAUUCUUUUCCUGCCCCUGCAAGGUUUCCUAAGUUGGCCUUGUGUGAUUUUCUUCUACCUGGCUCAAGUGACUUGGCAAAUUCUACCACUUGGACAUCUUUGCUCUUAGGAUGAUGAAUUGAUAAUGAACUUACUCAGUUGAUUUCAUCGAAAACAUGACGAUAAAUGUCAAUAACCCUCCAACAAAUUGUCGA